AUGGUAACUUCGAUAGAUGUGCCCUAUCUGCUAAGCACCCGAAACUAUAAUAAUAUCGUCGAAGCGUUGCUACCUUCUGAUCGUAUAAGGAAAAUAUCUGGAGUUUCCGUGGUAUAUCUCGCUGUCAACUCUGAAAAUCGUAUCGUUACUAAAUUUAGUUUCAUCGGUACAAUAUUCUUUUUAUUCUGGUAUAUUUUAUAUUUUUAUUGCACGUACAAAGCCCAUAGUGAAGACCAAACGAUUUUGCGAACGAUAUACAAUACGAAAUUGAAGCGUUAUGGCGAUGACUUCGAGAGAAUAGCUUCAAUAAUCUACGUCACUUAUUCGAUGUGGAAGGUCCCGUUCCGUAUGAGUGGAAACCAAGUUUUUAUACAAAGGAUUGUAGAUAUCGAUAGCGCAAUAGAAAAUAUGGGCGAGGCUGUGGACUACAAUAAAAACGCUAAAACAGCUCUCGUCAUUUCGAUCGCUCAACUCGGUGACUUUCUUGUUCGCAUGUUUUGUAUAUGGCUAUCAUUGGAAAAUCUAAGCGUCAUUGUUCCAACUGAGAAACUAUACCAAGUCGUCUACACUGAUGCACUUUCUUUUGUUAUAACUUCACAUUAUUGCUUCUCUUUAAUAGUCUUGAGAGGCCGAUACAAAUAUAUCAAUAAAGUUCUUAGUGAAAUAAAGACUCGUAGUGCUUGGGAGUACAAAGUUUUUGUCCGUAACAAAGUGGCCCCUGACUUGGAGAAAGUGCAGAGGCUUCAAGAUAGAAUUGUUUGCGAGAAGAUCAAGGCUUGUGCGAGAAUCUAUAGCAUGUUAUACAAGGCAACGGAAGCCAUAAAUCGAAUGUACGGUACAGCUUUGGUUUUGACCAUGCUGUUGUAUUUGGUAUUUAUAAUAUUGUACAUGUUUUAUUUCAUGGAGGCUACCGCUUCAGGGUUGCUGUAUGAUAUAAAGAAGUAUGUGGAUUUCUUGAUUUGUGUCUUUUGGCAGAUGUCGCAUGCUCUCAGCAUUAUUUGCGCAAAUGUUUAUUUCAGUGAAUCCAUUACGCGAGAGACGAAGAAUACUUCUUUCGUGAUUCACGAAAUAAUAAAUAGUGAUUUUGACUCAGAAGUUAACACAGAAGCGAUGCGUUUGUCGAUGCAACUUCUACACGAGGUUCCUAAGUUUACCGCCAAUGGCCUUUUCGAAUUAAACAAUGCUCUAUUGUAUGAGACUCGCGGCACAACCCCUGGGACGCCUGACCGACGGGUCAUCGAGGCGAUAGUCAACGACUCUACGUCAGCCGUCUCGGGGGCCCGUUCUGUGUUCACGUACCUUGUCAUCGUGCUGCAGUUUGUCACCGACAGGGCUUGA